AUGAUCAAGGUCACCAAAAGAACGGCCCUGUCACCAGUGAAAUUGAAUGCAGCUUCGAAGCAGGAAACCAGAGGAACAGAAGCUCCACACCAAGAUUCUAUUAAAGUGGUAGUGAGAGUGAGACCUUUACUCGAGAGAGAAACUGAAAGAUCUCCAGAAUGCCUUGUUGAUAUCGAUAAUGACCAAUCAAUAAUUCUUAGACCAAGGAUCAAUUCACCUCUGGCGAGGAAGUACAGAGAAGCCCAGAAGUUUAUGUUCAGUAAAUGUCUGUGGUCAUAUGACAGAAGACCGAGUGUUCCUUACGCAAAUCAAAACACUGUGUUCACAGAAGUGGGUUUAGAAAUGCUCGAAAACACAUUGAAUGGCUUCAAUAGCUGCGUUAUAGCAUAUGGUCAAACAGGAUCGGGUAAAACAUAUACAAUGAUGGGAUCGGAUGAGGAAGAUGGUUUGAUCCCCAUGGUUUGCAAACAGCUUUUUGACAGACUGGACCAGCAAGUUGACACUAAGUUCCAAGUAAAGGUCUCCUUUUUUGAAAUCUAUCAAGAGAAUGUGUAUGACCUACUUGGAAGUGGUAGUAAGCUACGAGUGCGGGAAAACAGUAAAAGAGUUCCAUUCAUCGAGAAUUUAAAUGAAUACAGUGUAAGCGACUCCCAGGAAAUUGUGAAGCUUCUGAACAAAGGUUUUGAGAACAGGACCACUGCAGAGACUCACUUAAACAAACAAUCAUCCAGAUCUCACUCGAUUUUAACCGUAACCGUGGUCCAAGAGAAGUUUGAUCCUGCUACCGGAUCUCUAGUGAGACUUGAGUCCAAUCUCAAGCUAGUUGAUCUUGCCGGGUCAGAGAAGUUUGUUGCCAGUGACGGCUUAGAUAAGACCAGGCAACAGGAAGGAAGCAGAAUCAACAAGUCACUGGUUACUCUGGGUAGAGUCUUAACGAUACUCUCAGAGAAGCCAAAUCAAAAAACAGUUAUACCUUAUAGAGAUUCCAUAUUGACAUGGCUUUUGAAAGAGAAUAUUGGUGGCAACUCAAAAACGUGUAUGAUAGCAUGCGUGUCGCCUACAGACUUUGAUGAAACCCUGAGCACGUUAAGGUUUGCUACUAUCACAUCCAGGAUCGAGAAUCAAGUGCAGGUAAACAAAGAAUCACAAUUUAGUAUAGACGAGAUGGUGAAACAGUUCCAACUUGAAAAAGAGAAAUUACUCGAGUGUAUAUCAGAGCUCAAGCAAUCGAGUAGCACAAAUGAUCAUUUGAGAAAGCUGGAGAACUAUGUCCAAUGGCAGAACGACUAUAUAGAUACUUUGACUUUUACGAACAGCGUGACCCAGAAACAACUCUCGUCGACUCUUAGAACAGCACAGAAGAAGAACGUAUUACUCAUGUCAUCACUAGUGUCGGCGUUUAAGGUGCCAGAGACGGGCCCCAAUGAAGGAAAAGACGACUUAAACAAAUUAAUCAACAAACUUCACUCAUUAGACGUUAUAUCUCCAAUUAGGGAUAUUGAAAGGGAUCUUCAGAGCGACUUGGUGAUGACAUACAGCGCGAACCUCAUUGAUGACGUGAUGUAA